AUGGCUGAGGUGACACUGAAGGUACACAUUAGUGACGCCAGCACCCACCAGCCCAUUGCAGAUGCGCUCAUUGAGAUCUUUGCCAACCAGGUCUCCAUCGCCUCGGGCACGGCGGGGACAGAUGGCACCGCCUUCAUCAAGUUCCAGUAUAAGCUGGGUAGUCAGCUGAUUGUCACCGCCACAAAGCAUGCCUAUGUGCCAAAGUCAGCCCCAUGGAAGCCUCUCCGGUUACCUGUAUUUUCUUCACUGAGCCUCGGCCUGCUUCCAGAAAGGUCUGCUACUCUGAUGGUCUAUGAUGAUAUUGUCCAAAUAGUAUCAGGAUUCCAAGGCGCCCGGCCACAGCCUCGUGUCCAUUUCCAGAGGAGAGCCCUAAGGUUGCCUGAGAAUGCCAGCUACAGUGACUUGACGGCCUUCCUCACAGCCGCCAGCUCCCCCUCCGAGGUGGACAGCUUUCCCUAUUUGAGAGGAUUGGAUGGAAAUGGAACAGGAAACAGCACCAGGUAUGAUCUGACUCCAGUCACCGCUGUCAGCGUGCACCUGCUCAGCAGUAACGGGACUCCAGUGCUGGUGGACGGCCCCAUCUAUGUCUCCGUGCCUUUGACCACGCAGAGCAGUCUGAGACACAAUGCUUAUGUUGCAGCAUGGCGUUUUGAUCAGAAACUGGGAACGUGGCUGAAGAGCGGCCUAGGUCUGGUGCACCAAGAAGGCACCCAGCUGACGUGGACGUACAUUGCCCCCCAGCUGGGAUACUGGGUAGCAGCCAUGUCUCCUCCCAUCCCAGGGCCUGUCACCACGCAAGACAUUACCACAUACCACACGGUGUUUCUUUUGGCCAUUCUAGGAGGAAUGGCUUUCAUUCUUUUGGUUUUGCUGUGUCUCCUUUUAUACUAUUGCAGGAGGAAGUGCUUGAAACCCCGUCAGCAUCAUAGAAAACUACAACUUCCUGCAACCCUUGAGAGUUCUAAAAGGGACCAGUCAACAUCCAUGUCCCACAUCAACUUACUGUUUUCUCGACGGGCAUCAGAGUUUCCCGGUCCACUGUCUGUCUCCAGUCAUGGCCGCCCAGAGGCCCCAGGGACAAAGGAGCUGCUGGGUGGGGCCCAUUUAGAAAUGAUGUCCCCAAAUGGAGAGGGGGACCUGCAUACACCCAUGCUAAAACUCUCCUAUAGUACCUCACAAGAAUUUAGCUCACGAGAGGAACUGCUCUCCCAUAAAGAAGAGGAUAAAAGCCAAGCAUCCUUUGAUAACCUGACGCCAAGUGGGACGCUAGGGAAAGAUUAUCACAAAUCCGUGGAGAUUUUUCCCUUAAAGGCAAGAAAAUCUCUGGAAAGAGAAGGCUACGAGUCUUCUGGCAAUGAUGACUACAGGGCUAGUUACAAUGCGAUGCUGUCCCAGCCUUUAUUUGAAAAGCAGGACCGAGACAACUCAGCAUCCACAGGAAGCAAACUCACCAUUCAGGAACCUAUGUACCCCGCGCCUUCGUCCCCUGAAAAAGAACAGCUGCUGGACCGCAGACCUACUGAAUGUAUGAUGUCUCGAUCAGUCGAUCACCUGGAGAGACCCACAUCUUUCCCACGGCCAGGCCAGUUGAUCUGCUGCAGUUCCGUGGAUCAGGUCAAUGACAGCGUUUACAGGAAAGUCUUGCCUGCGUUGGUCAUCCCUGCUCAUUAUAUGAAACUUCCAGGGGACCACUCGUAUGUCAGCCAGCCUCUGGUGGUCCCCGCAGACCAGCAGCUGGAGAUCGGAAGACUCCAGGCGGAGCUGUCCAACCCCCACGCAGGGCUCUUCCCCCACCCGACCUCUCAGAUGCAGGGUCAGCCUUUGUCUUCCCAGGCCAUCUCUCAGCAACACCUGCAGGAGACAGGCUCGAGAGAGUGGAGCCCUCAGAACACAGCUAUGUCGGAGUCUCUGUCCAUCCCGGCAUCUUUGAAUGAUGCAGCUUUGGCUCAGAUGAACAGCGAGGUGCAGCUCCUGACUGAAAAGGCUCUGAUGGAACUUGGUGGUGGAAAGCCACUUCCACACCCCCGAGCGUGGUUCGUCUCCCUGGAUGGAAGGUCCAAUGCUCACGUUAGACACUCCUACAUUGAUCUCCAAAGAGCUGGAAGGAAUGGAAGUAACGAUGCCAGUUUAGACUCUGGUGUGGAUAUGAAUGAACCAAAAUCUGCCCGGAAGGGAAGGGGUGACCCUUUGUCUCUCCAGCAAGGCCACCCACCCGUCCAGGAGCACCAGCAGAAGGAAUCCAGGACCCAGGACAGCAACACCUACACGCAGCUCGUGUAUCUGGAUGACGUAGACCAGAGCGGCAGUGAGUGUGGGACCACUGUGUGCACCCCGGAGGACAGUACACUGCGAUGUUUACUGGAAGGUUCCAGUCGAAGGAGUGGGGGGCAGCUGCCCAGCCUACAGGAGGAGACAACCAAACGAACUGUAGAUGGCCCCCAGGAGCCAUUAGCCAGCCCUCAACACAGAAGAUCUGCUCGUGAUGACGACGAAGAGGAUGAUGAUGACGAUGACCAAGGAGAAGAUAAGAAAAGCCCCUGGCAGAAACGAGAGGAGAGACCCCUGAUGGCCUUUAACAUCAAAUGAGCCCUCGCUAAGCCACCCAGCUGUGGAAUAUAAAAUUGCCAAAUAUCCUUUCUUACGGAAGCACGUACCUGUUUGUGAAGGAAGCCGGACCGAGGCGAGCAUGGAUGGGUUGAUUCACCACGUUGACGCUGCGGCGAUGAUGGUAGAAAGGAACUCAAAGGAGUAUUCAGAAGACAGGAUCUCUGAUGCAUGCUGCCCUUCCUGGGUGGUGGCUGGGAGAGAAGUGUGGGAAUGUCUUUUCCACGGACUUGACCUGCCUGGUAUGCUGACAAACCAAGCACCCUGGUCCUGUGCUCCAAGGAUCACCUCAGUCCUCCCUCAGAUUCUGGGAACAGAUGAAACUCUUCUCUUUUUCUCUUUUUCUUUUCUUUCUUUCUUUUUUGCAUUGCUUGAAUCCAUUUUCUCAUGAUAAUGCAACGAUGAAGCUAUUACUGGGAAAUGAGCAGGACGCUCCUGUCCCCAAGGUCGCCAUUAUUGCAAAGGAAAGCUAUGCAUUGCUGCUGGGUAGGCUUUGUUUUUGCUUUGGUUUGUUUUUGUUGUUGUUGUUUGGGGGGGGU